GGUGCCGUUCAAGGAAAUGACCCACAAUCUUCAAGUGAGUUAUACAGCUUUGGGCAUGUCGGACGAUAAUCAAACCUGCAGCUACUCGAUGCCCUCAAUGGCAGCAUCAUCGCCCAGCCAUCGGCAACAGCGUAAUGUCAAUUUCAAUGACGAUGGCCUCAACGAUCUGGCUGGAAGCUAUGGCUAUCCGCCACAGCAAUUGCCAGCCACAACGGCAGUGCGAAGAUUCUCCAAGUCUAUUUUUCAAAGGCCACGCUCCAUGUCCGUGUGGAGUGACAUAAGUCGAAGCAGCAUGCGUUUGGAUGAAAGAGUUCGUGUGGAGUACUAUGUGAAUGAAAACACAUUUAAAGAAAGACUGCAAUUGUAUUUCAUUAAGAAUCAGCGUUCAAGCUUACGCAUACGAAUUGCCGAUUUAUUCCUUAAGUUACUGUCGUGUGUUCUCUACAUAAUACGUGUGAUAUUGGAUAAAAAUCCAACAUUUAUAACAUGCUAUGGCUGCGAGGUGGCCAAUAAGACAGAGUUCAUCAUCUCAGCCAAGUUAACUGAAGAAGAAUUUCAAGAGAAUCCCAUUAUCAAUUGGGAUGCCAUAUUAUGGGUUAAUCGACCCACGGUUUUAUGGGUUCUGCAAUUACUCUUAGCCAUGGUCUCCUUAACGCAAUCUUUGGUGCUCACAUAUCUAGGCUAUAAGGGCAACAUUUGGCAGCAAAUUCUAUCAUUUCAUUUUAUACUAGAAUUAGUUACGACAAUACCUUUUGCUUUAACGAUUGUUCAUCCUCCAUUACGUAAUCUAUUUAUACCCAUUUUCCUUAAUUGCUGGCUGGCCAAACGUUCUCUGGAGAAUAUGUUUAAUGAUCUCCAUCGAGCCAUGCAAAAAUCUCAAUCAGCCUUAUCUCAACAAUUGACUAUUUUAUCAGCAACUCUUUUGUGUUUAGUUUUCACUAGCGUCUGUGGCAUUCAGCACUUUCAGCGAGCUGGUCAUCGGCAUUUGAAUCUCUUUCAGAGUACCUACUAUGUGGUUGUGACCUUCUCCACAGUGGGUUAUGGUGAUUUUGUUCCAGACAUUUGGCCCUCACAACUUUAUAUGGUCAUUAUGAUUUGUGUGGCGCUGAUUGUGCUGCCCACACAGUUUGAACAAUUGGCCUUCACCUGGAUGGAGAGACAAAAACUGGGUGGCAGUUACUCCUCACAUCGGGCACAGAGCGAAAAGCAUGUUGUGGUCUGUUCGACAACUUUGCAUGCGGACACCAUAAUGGACUUCCUCAAUGAGUUUUAUGCCCAUCCAUUGCUGCAGGAUUUUUAUGUGGUCCUAUUAAGUCCCAUGGAAUUGGAUACAACAAUGCGAAUGAUACUGCAAGUGCCAAUUUGGGCUCAACGUGUGAUCUAUAUACAGGGCUCGUGUCUCAAGGAUGGCGAUUUGGCACGAGCCAGAAUGAAUGAGGCUGAGGCUUGUUUCAUAUUAGCUGCACGCAAUUAUGCUGAUAAAACUGCUGCCGAUGAGCAUACAAUUUUACGAUCUUGGGCUGUUAAAGAUUUUGCACCAAAUGUUCCCCAAUAUGUACAAAUUUUUAGGCCGGAACACAAGCUGCAUGUGAAAUUCGCUGAGCAUGUCGUCUGCGAGGAUGAAUUCAAGUACGCCCUGUUGGCCAACAACUGCACUUGCCCGGGUGCCAGCACCCUAGUCACCCUAUUGCUGCACACAUCCCGCGGACAGGAAGGACAACAAUCCCCGGAGGAGUGGCAUCGUCUCUAUGGAAAAUGUUCGGGCAAUGAGAUCUAUCACAUUGUUCUUGGUGACAGCCGUUUCUUUGGCGAAUAUGAGGGUAAAAGUUUCACCUAUGCGAGUUUUCAUUCACAUCGCAAAUAUGGCGUGGCCUUGGUGGGUGUCAGGCCGGCUGAGCUGCCAGAAUUCUAUGAGGAUACCAUUCUAUUGAAUCCCGGACCAAGGCAUAUAAUGAAAAAGGAUGACACGUGUUAUUAUAUGAGCAUAACCAAGGAGGAGAAUUCGGCAUUUGUCGUUAAUCAAAAUCAAACAGCGGACCCAAUGUCGGGCACAACUAAGGAGACAAGUGGCGGAGUAUCUGGUGGAGGUGGGACAUCAGCUUCUUCUCAAGCGGCAGCGGCAACUGCAACAAUACCAACAACUACAACAACAAUAAGCACGACUUUCACAUCAUCAACAUUAUUAUCAGCAACAUCAACAACAGCAACACCAUCGGCAACACUAGCGGCAUCCACGGCAAUUGCACCAGUGCCAUCUGUUUGUGUUCGUGUGCCCCACAGUCCCACAACCAGUUAUGAGAAUGGCGGCAUCUCUGCCACCGCCUCAGUUAGUGGCACACCUUUGAAUUUGCAACCGUAUCCGCAAUUAUAUCCGCCUAUGCAAACACCAAACGAGAGUAACGAGUUUGCAUCACUAUUUGUGCCCGGCGAUACACCGACAGCUGUGAUAAUAGCAGAUUCCAAACACAAUCUUAAGGACACCACAGUGACGCAGCAGCAGCAGACGGCAAUGGCCACAACCACAAUAACCACCACAGCAGUGCCAUCGAGCAACACUCUAACGGGUGGAGGAGGAGGUAUGGCCAGUGGUUCUAGCGGUGGGCUAGGAGUUGGUGGUGGUCACAGUAUGGGUACUUCAUUAACCGUUCAUCCCGCCACAUUAAGUACCACGGGCAAUCAUUUGGAUGUGCCCUUUGGCAAUAAUCCUAAUCUACUCAGUCCCGAUGUGCUCAAUCAACGUAGAGGAAGUAGACGACCUUCUAUAUUGCCUGUGCCCGAUAUGUUCACAUCUUCAUCAUUUAGCAUCGCUGGCAAUGAUGAUGGCGAAGAGGGUGAUGAAAGCGAUGAUGAGAUUGACGAUGAGAUGCCUUGGCGUUCGCCCUCAGAGAAAAUUGCUUGCUUGGGCGGGCAUUUUCCACAAUCGCGCACCUAUUCGCUCAUCAUGAGCUCUUCGGAAGAUUCUUAUCAUCAAACCCAAACCCAACCGCAACAAACGCCGCCUGGCUGCUCCUUUUGCACCGCUGUUGCACCACCGCUUCCUAUCAAUCCCACUGAGAUGCGACGCCGAGCAAUGAAGAAAAGUUACAGUUGCGACAGUGAGAGUCACUACCACCAACAACAACAACAACGUCCAGUAGUGGGCGGAGUGGGGAGUCUGGGCUUGGGCUUGGGUGGUGGUGCAUUGGCCAUGCUGGCGGCACGUAGGCGACAAUUGCAACGGUGUUGCUCGUGCAGUUGCUCCACCACAAGCACCAGCACCAGCACCUCAACCACUACAACAAUGUCGGCGACAGCGGCGGCGGCUCAGUCUCAACCAAAUUGUGGAUUUACAUCGAGCAGUUCGAUUCUUGAGACGCAUCGAAAGUUGCGUCCGGUUUGGGUCGCCGAUUAUUCAGGCAUUGUCAAGGGAUUCCCACCAGUUUCGCCUUUCAUUGGUGUCAGUCCGACGCUUUGCUAUUUACUGAAAGAGAAGAAGCCCCUCUGUUGUCUGCAAUUGGCACAGGUAUGCGAGCAUUGCAGUUAUAGGAACGCAAAGGAAUAUCAAUGGCAGAAUAAGACCAUCAUAUUGGCGGCCGAUUAUGCCUCAAAUGGCAUAUAUAAUUUCAUUAUACCAUUGCGAGCACAUUUCCGUUCAAAGACCUCGUUGAAUCCAAUUAUAUUGCUAUUAGAACGACGACCCGAUGUGGCCUUUUUAGAUGCUCUAUCUUAUUUUCCAUUGGUCUAUUGGAUGCUAGGCUCAAUUGAUUGUCUAGAUGAUCUUUUACGUGCUGGUAUUACGCUUGCCGAAAGCGUGGUGGUAGUCAAUAAAGAGCUGUCCAAUUCAGCUGAAGAAGAUUCCUUAUCCGAUUGUAAUACAAUUGUAGCAGUUCAGAAUAUGUUCAAAUUCUUUCCCAGCAUUAAAAGUAUUACCGAAUUAUCACAGAGUUCUAAUAUGCGUUUUAUGCAAUUCCGAGCUCAUGAUAAGUAUGCCCUGCAUUUGAGUAAAAUGGAAAAGCGCGAAAAGGAACGCGGUUCGCAUAUAUCCUAUAUGUUUCGUUUACCCUUUGCCGCCGGAGCGGUAUUCAGUGCCUCCAUGCUGGACACUUUGCUGUAUCAGGCAUUUGUCAAGGAUUAUGUUAUCACAUUUGUCCGUUUGCUGCUGGGCAUUGAUCAGGCACCGGGAAGUGGUUUCCUUACCUCGAUGCGUAUAACCAAAGAGGACAUGUGGAUUCGGACUUAUGGGCGUUUAUAUCAGAAAUUAUGCUCAACAACCUGUGAGAUACCAAUUGGCAUUUAUCGCACUCAAGAUACAUCGAAUGCGGAUACAUCACAUGUGAGUAAUUCGCCGAUCGAACGAUGGGGACCCUUCUCGGCCUUCAGCAGGCAUUGUGUGCGAUUGCGUCCAUCGUAUGACGAGGAAACUGGAACACCUGAUUCCACCAAGGAUAGCAGCGAAAUGCUGCGUGGUGUUACCUAUCGACCACCCUCAUCCACAGCAGGUGCCAGCACCAGCAGCUUUCGGCAUCAACAUCAGCGACAGAAAUCGGUCAACUGUCUGGCUGGUUGUACAUCGGAACGUAAAGGAUCAUCCUAUUCGAUUAAUUUGGCUGAUGAGGCUCGUGAUAAUCAUGCCCAGCAAAUUGAGCGCGCUGAGAUAGCUAAUUUGGUGCGUAGUCGCAUGGAAUCACUUAAUCUGCCCACUAUAGAUUAUGAUGAUGUUAGCGAGAAACGAAAUCAUUUGUCCUAUGUGAUAAUCAAUCCAAGCUGUGAUCUCAAGCUGGAAGAAGGCGAUCUAAUCUAUUUGGUACGACCUUCACCAUUUUCGGCACAAAAAACCUUCGAACGUCACAAUUCGCGACGCAAAUCAAACAUCUCAUUUUGUUCCAAUAUCAAUUUGGGUGGGCCACAAAUGAGCCAAAUGACCAAUACCGCCGUCGGAGCUGGUUCGCGACGUGGUUCCGGCAUUGCCGGUUUGAAUCCCAUGCAAAUGCAGAGUGUUCAAACAUUGGCCGGGUAUGGAUCAACUAGCCAGCGCACACCGCCGAUGCAGCAGCAAAUUAAAUCGAAUUCUCUUUCUCUACCCGACAGUCCGACGGUGGUUGGCUCACAGCGCGGCAGGAGUAACUCAUUGCGGAUUGACAAUGAUAUACUACUGCGACGGUCCUCAUCCCUGCGUCAAGGACUGCCGAAUGUGGGCGUUAGUCAUGGGCGCAGAAAAUCCUCGCUAGAGGAAAUCGGCAUUAGCCAUUUUACAACUCUAAUGCAGGCAACGAAUCACAGUAAUCCCAUCAAGAUCUCGCUCAAUGGUAGCAUUGGAAUGGAGAAUCAAAUUUCCCUACAGGUCACACCACCGGAGGAGCCAACACCUAUAUUGGGUGUACCAUGUGUGGUGGGUGGUGGUCCUGGCGGUGGAAUAAAUCCCUCUGCCUUGGGCGGAGGCGGCGGUGGAAUGGGCGGCGGUAGCGGUGGUGGUGGCGGCUCUUCCCUAGCCAUCAAUACAGCUGAUCUGGGUCCAGGACCAAGUACCUCAGGCAGUGGAGGAGGCAGCUCGUUGCAGGCACAGGAUUCGCUGACCCAAUCGUCGCAAGUCUCUUCGCCGCAGCAUUUACAGGGCACGAUUGUAUGAUACAACCUUAUGUGGGGUCGACGACUCCGCUCAUCCAUGUCGAAGAACAAAUGGAUAUAGAAUACGGCCAGCAGCACGCACAGACGAAGAGAUAAAUUCUGAGAGAUAUCCUUCCUGCCUAAUCCCCCCUCCCCUGAACUGUCUGUGGCGUGGCUGUGCAAUGGCAAUAGAUAAAUAUACAACUAAGAUAUUUGUAGUUAUAUAGAAAGUAGAUCAUAGUGAAUCAAAAUGCAA